UACACGGAGGAAUACGGUAAACUGGUAUCUGUCACUUUCUCCUUCUUCCGGGAUUCCCUGGAGCAACUUCCUUCUUCAGAAAGAACCUUCUACCCGGGGAUCGGUACCGACAGGAGCGCAUUAUCCGGGUUCUUUUUAGCCCUGGAAAUGCAGACCUCAGAUAAUCCUCACCGGCUCCUGGGGCAGAUCCGCUGUGUUCUCGAAUGCAUCGACGGCCUCCGACACACAAAGCCUCUCCCCGAAGCAUUGUGUUAUAUCCCCGGGGAGGUGCAAUACAAGAUCUGCAAGGACCCCAGCUCGUCCUCUUCGGCACGAUGUCUGCUGACGGUUUGGGAGGCCCCCGGAUUCUCCAGACAGAACCUGAAAAAGCUGUCCCGUGGCACAGUGGAAGUGCGCAAGGGCAGCUGCGUCAGGGCAACAGGGGAGGAAUACUGCAAUGCUAACGGCUUAUGGGUAAAACUGAGCAAGGAUCAGAUGGAGGAGUUCAGGAGUAGUUGUGACAUGGCAGAGGGCUGGGUCUUGUUGUGCCGGCAGGACGAAGGGGGCGACAGGUUGGUUCCUGUGGAGUCCGCUGAUAAAAUCGCCCGGCAGCAGCAGAUUUUUGGGGUGGAUUUCAAGCCCAUCGGCAGAUGGGAGGAUGUUGUGGAUGUUACGUACUCGAAACGUUUAGGCAAUAAGCCCCGAAUCACUCCCCAGGAUGAGGAAGCCGUGCAAAAGCUACGAUUCCUUCCUUCUUCGUGGAGCUAUGAAUGCGACGAAGAUUUGGUGCAUUUUCUGUUUGAGCACGUGGGAAAGGAAGAUGAAUCGCUGGGCAACGUGAAGCAGUUUGUGGAGAGCAUCAACGUGUCUUCUUCCACGGAGGAAAAUAAUAUAUCGUGUCUGACCGAUGGUUACCAUGACACUUUCUGGGAAAGCGACGGAUCCCACGGGCAGCACUGGAUUCAAUUACAUAUGAAAGAAGGCACCAUAGUCAAGAAGCUGCUCCUUACGGUGGAUUCUACCGAUGAAAACUACAUGCCCAAAAGGGUUGUUGUCUACGGCGGCGAGAGGGAUUCCCUGAAAAAAAUCAAUGAUGUCACUAUAGAUGAUAAUUUAAUCGGAGAUGUUUGUGUCCUGGAGGAUAUGACGUCUCACCUCCCGGUCGUAGAGAUCCGGAUUAUGGAGUGUAUUGAUGAAGGUAUCGAUGUCCGGAUACGAGGGAUUAAAUUAAAGUCCUCUAAGGAGAGAGAUUUGGGACUCACGGCAGACAUGUUUCAGCCGGCCAACCUAGUAAGAUAUCCACGGCUGGAAGCCAUUGACCCGGAUGUCCUUUACCGCAGAGCCAUCGUAAUACAGAGGUUUGUGAAGCUGCUGGACAAUGUUUUACAUCAUCUCGUUCCUACCUGGGAUCACAGCGUGGGCACCUUUAAUCAGCUCAAGUAUAUCAAGCAGUUCCUUCUGCUGUCCAAACGCCGCUGUGCGCUCAUCACCCAGUGUCUGAAGGACUCGGAAACCAGUAAGCCCAACUUCAUGCCCCGUCUGUACAUCAACCGCAGGCUGGCGGUGGAGCACAGAGACAACCCUCUGCUGGACCCGACCUACAAGAAGACCGUCUUUAGCCAGGUGUAUGAAGGUCUGAAGCCCACAGAUAAAUCGGAGAAGCCGCUGGAUUACAGGUGGCCCGUACGCUAUGACCAGUGGUGGGAAUGUAAAUUCAUAGCAGAAGGUAUCAUCGAUCAAGGUGGAGGUUUCCGGGACAGUCUGGCUGAUAUAUCGGAGGAGCUGUGUCCGAGCUCGGCAGACACUCCCGUGCCGCUGCCGUUUUUCGUGCGCACUUCAAACCAGGGUAACGGCACCGGCGAAGCUCGGGAUAUGUACGUGCCGAAUCCAUCCUGUAAGGACACGGCUAAAUACGAAUGGAUCGGGCAGCUCAUGGGAGCGGCUCUCCGAGGGAAAGAAUUCCUGGUUCUUGCGUUACCGGGCUUUGUAUGGAAACAGCUCACAGGAGAAGUCGUCAGCUGGAGUAAAGACUUCCCUGCCGUCGACUCUUUGUUAGUCAAGCUGUUGGACAUGAUGGAGCUUAUGGACAAGGAGACUUUUGAGUUUAAGUUUGGUGGGGAGCUCACUUACACAACGGUGCUGAGCGAUCAGAGGAUGGUGGAGCUGGUCCCGGGGGGCAGCGGCAUAUCUGUGCGCUAUGAAGACCGCAUGGAAUUUAUCAAAAUGGUACAAAAAGCUCGGCUGGAGGAGAGCAAGGAGCAGAUUGGAGCGAUCCAGGCUGGGCUUCUUAAAGUGGUCCCGCAGGCUGUGCUGGAUCUUCUCACCUGGCAGGAACUGGAGAAGAGGGUCUGUGGAGACCCAGAAAUCUCCGUGGAAGCCCUAAAAAAACUAACCAGGUUUGAAGAUUUGGAAGCGACCGACGUUCGGGUUCAAUAUUUCUGGGAAGCGCUGAACAACUUCACCAAUGAGGACCGGAGCCGUUUCCUAAGGUUUGUAACGGGGCGAAGUCGUCUCCCGGCUCCAAUCUACAUCUACCCAGAUAAAGUGGGAUCGGACACCACCGACUCCUUACCCCAGUCAUCCACUUGCUCUAGCACCUUGUACCUUCCACAUUACGCCAGUGCAAAGGUUUGUGAGGAAAAGCUACGCUAUGCUGCAUACAACUGCGUGGCCAUCGAUACAGACAUGAGUCCGUGGGAGGAAUGAGACCCCCUGGUCCCCGGGGUCUCCCUGAAAUGCUUAGAUUACUCGGCUCUGUUACAGGAGCUUGGCAGCACGUCGCCCAGUCGGAUCUAUAGCCGGGAAUGGCUUGUUCAUUAUUUAUAUGCAUUUCAUGUUGCCGUGUGCAUGACGUCACAGGGUCCCAGAUGCAUCAUGGUUCCUGUAUAAAUAUAACAGCAGUACAGUGUAUGUGUGAUAUAUUUUUGUACAGCUCUGAGACGCUCUGUUUUUGAAAUGUAUGACCUAAUAAAACAUGGUUUACCUGUC